GUCGCGAAGACGCUGCGACGAAUGGACGUGUACAGCAGCAGCAAAGUCAUCGAGGACUUUCGACAGAGCUCGUCCAUGUCCGGCGGGAUCAUCACGUGCGCAUGCGCGCUCCUGUGCUUCGUCCUGUUCGUGAACGAGUACUUCUACCAUCGCACGCCCGUCGUGAAGAGCUCGCUGACCGUGGACGCGACCGGCUUGGACGCGAAGACGAGCGCGAACAGCAACCGGCUGCACGUCGAGAUUGACAUCACGUUCCAUCAGCUCCCGUGCGACAUAAUCAACAUGGACACGAUGGAUCAGGCCGGGGAGGCGUUCCACGACGUCCACAGCGGGCACCUGAAGAAGCGCAGGCUCGACUCCGACGGGAAGCCGCUCGAGGGAGUGUUCAAGCACGAGAAGGCGAACGCGCAUAAGGAGAUCCGCGAGGACAUCGAAAGUCACGCGCUCGCGCUCUCCGGGGACGAGGAGUAUAAAACCUCCGAGGAGGAUCUGAUGCCGGAGGAAGGUCUGACGAUGUUCAACCUGAAGCAGCUGCUGGACAAGCAGUUCCCGGGCGGGAUCGAGAAGGCGUUCAAGAACGAGGCGAGGGAAGGGUGCGAGGUGAUCGGGUACCUCGAGGUCAACCGCGUCCCCGGGUCUUUCAGCGUCUCUCCGGGGAAGAGCAUCCGGUUGGGGAUGGAGCACGUGCAGCUGAACGUGCAGUCGAGGCUGAACAUGUCGCACACGAUCAACAGGUUCGCGUUCGGGAAGAGUUUCCCCGGGUUCGUGUCGCCGUUGGACGGGAACGCGAGGGACUUGGACCCGAACUACGUGCACCAGUACUUUCUGAAGAUCGUCCCGACGUCGUUCACGCCUCUGCGCGGGGAGUAUCUGCAGUCGAAUCAGUACAGCGUCACGGAGGCGAGCGCGCCGGCGAAGGCGCUGAACGUCGUCGGGUCGAAGCCGAGCGGGGUGUAUUUCAACUACGACUUGAGUCCGCUGCGGGUUGAUUACGUGGAGAGUCGCAACAGCAUGACGGAGUUCAUCACGAGCGUCUGCGCGAUCGUCGGCGGCGUCGCGUCGAUGUCCGGGCUCGUACAGGCCGGGGUG